AGGCUGGGACUCCCGUGGGACUCCGACUCCUUCGUGGUCCCAGUUCCAGGUCGGCUGCGGCGCUUGCGUUCUAUCGGGUCCGGCACCCGGCUCAGCCAUGAACCGGUGCGCCGAGGCGGCGGCGGUGGCGGCCACAGUGCCAGACGCGGGCGUUGGAGAUGCGGGGCUGCGGCCGCCCAUGGUGCCCCGCCAGGCGUCCUUCUUCCCGCCGCCCGUGCCCAAUCCCUUCGUGCAGCAGACGCACAUCGGCACUGCGAGCCGGCUGCGGAUUUUCCUUCUUGGAAUUAUCCUGCUUCCAAUCCGUGCCUUAUUGGUUGCAUUAAUUUUACUACUAGCAUGGCCAUUUGCUGCAAUUUCAACAGCAUGCUGCCCUGAAAAGCUGACCCACCCAAUAACAGGUUGGAGGAGGAAAGUUACUGAACCAGCUUUGAAGUUUCUGGGUCGUGCCUUGUUCUUCUCAAUGGGAUUUAUAGUUACCGUGAAAGGAAAGAUUGCAAGUCCUUUGGAAGCACCAAUUUUUGUUGUUGCCCCUCAUUCAACCUUCUUUGAUGGAAUUGCCUGUGUCAUAGCUGGGUUACCUUCUAUGGUAUCAAGAAAUGAGAAUGCACAAGUGCCUCUGAUGGGCAGACUAUUACGGGCUGUGCAACCAGUGUUGGUCUCCCGUGUCGAUCCAGAUUCACGAAAAACCACAAUAAAUGAAAUAAUAAAGCGAGCAACAUCAAGAGGGGAAUGGCCCCAGAUACUAGUUUUCCCAGAAGGUACUUGUACUAAUCGUUCCUGUUUGAUUACUUUUAAACCAGGAGCCUUCAUUCCUGGUGUUCCAGUGCAGCCAAUACUCCUGAGAUACCCAAACAAACUGGAUACUGUGACCUGGACAUGGCAAGGAUAUACAUUCAUUCAGCUUUGCGUGCUCACUUUCUGCCAGCCCUUCACCAAAGUGGAAGUUGAGUUUUUGCCUGUUCAAGUACCUAAUCAUGAAGAAAAGAGCGAUCCUGUCCUUUUUGCCAACAGAGUCCGGAAUGUCAUGGCAGAUGCUCUGGGAAUACCAGUUACAGAUCACACCUAUGAAGACUGCAGAUUGAUGAUUUCAGCAGGACAGCUAACAUUGCCUAUGGAAACUGGGUUGGUGGAAUUUACUAAAAUUAGCCGGAAAUUGAAAUUAGAUUGGGAUGGUAUUCGUAAGCAUUUGGAUGAAUAUGCUUCUAUUGCAAGUUCCUCAAAAGGAGGAAGAAUUGGAAUUGAAGAAUUUGCAGAGUAUCUGAAGUUGCCUGUUUCGGAUGUCUUGAGACAACUUUUUGCCCUCUUCGACAGGAACCAUGAUGGCAGUAUCGACUUCCGGGAGUAUGUGAUUGGCCUGGCUGUCUUGUGCAACCCUGCCAACACAGAAGAGAUCAUCCAGGUGGCAUUUAAGCUCUUUGAUGUUGAUGAGGAUGGCUACAUAACAGAGGAAGAGUUUUCCACCAUUCUGCAGGCUUCCCUUGGAGUGCCUGCCCUUGAUGUUUCUGGUCUCUUCAAGGAGAUAGCCCAAGGGGAUUCUGUUUCCUAUGAGGAAUUUAAAAGUUUUGCCUUAAAGCAUCCAGAAUAUGCUAAAAUAUUUACAACAUAUCUAGACCUCCAGACAUGCCUUGUGUUUUCAUUACCAGAAGAAGUCCGGGCAACUCCCUCCAUUGCAAGUAAUAAAGUCAGUCCUGAAAAUCAUGAAGAAAGUACUUCAGACAAAAAAGAUGACUGAAAGCAAAUAUUCCCAAUGAAGAAGAUUCAAUGGCCUUCACUUGAAAUUGUAAACACAUUUAUUGAUAGUAUUUUAAAUGUGCUUGUUGAGGAAUUAUGAUGCUUAAAAUGGAAAACUUUUUUUAUAAAGAUGAUAAAUUUUCUUAUUAAAAUUGCUUUUAUUCACAUAUAUAUCAUGUUCAUUUUUGUGUUAUACUUUACUAAUUGGUUUGCUGGUGGUAUAUAUCAUGUUUUACAGAUUUUCUAGCUUAAUAUGUAUGUUCAGAUGAAUGCAAUGUCUUAACUUAUUAACUGGUAAGGAUUAAUCAACACUGUAAAGAGUUUUAGAAGUAUAAAUACUUUUAAAUCUACUUUCCUCUAAAGAAAAAAGUAAUAUUCUGUUAUCUCUAAUCCAUUCCCAUUCUGGAAAUAAGAAGAAAGAGUUUGAGGAGCAUAGCAGAAUUUUGUACCUUUAAUUUCAUAGAUUCUUUUUUUUCCGUUUAUAUUUUGGUUUCUAAGAUCACUGAAUAUGGGUGGGUUGGAAGGGGGAGCUCUGUUAAUUAGAUGACACUUCUUAAGAGUUCGUAUUCUCUUUAGCAUGCAUCUUUAUUACAGAUUUCUUUAACCACCAGCCGAGGAAAUCAUUUCCUUUUAUAUGAUUGAGGUUUACAGGUUUAGAAAUUUGUUUUAAAGACAGCUACAACUGCCAAAGGCUAAGUGGGAAUUGCCUUAUUGAAGGUAACAUUGAUUGCCUAAUGAGAAUAAUGAAUUGUUGGCCACAGAGUUAUAUUUAAUUUGAAUUGGGUGGUUCAGAAUAUAGUGCUUGUUCAAUAAAUAAAUCAGAUUUGCUCUAUUUAUAUAAUAUUAAGAUUAAUGUAUUUUACCAUCUAAGUGAAAGUUUUAUUUUAAGUGUUCUCUCAAAUUUUAGAGUUUGUCCGAAAUGUCUAUAUGGAAAACACAAGAGAUUCCACAGCGUCACCAAGGCUAGGGAAUCAAAAAACCCAAGACCGCAAUUCUAGCCCCAAACAGGAAUCUAACAGUGACAUUUUCCCUUUAAGUUAAGCAGUAAUUUCCCACACGUCCCAUUUUUAUUGGGUUUCAUGCAUGUGUACUGUUAAUAUCAUAUAUCAUUUAUGUUUAAGAUUUUGACAAAGCACCAAUUAUUAAUGUCAUGUAGAAAAUUGUUGUUUUGUAUUCUGAAUUUGGUCUUUGAAAUCAAACUCUUUGUUUUGGCUGUGUUUCUGAAUGUUUUGGUGAUUCACCCCCAGGCUACUUUUUUAAAACUACCUGGGAAGUGAAAACAGUCUUCACUGAAGUCUCGGGAGAGGUGUUGGAGUUUAUAUUUGAUCAAGAAUCAUGAUUUCAAGCUAGUUUUGCAUAUUAACAGCAGUGUUCUAAUUUAAUAGGUUAAAAUGUAUUUGGGAAUUGAUUAAUGAUAUAUAAUUGUUUGCUCUUUAUUUCUCUUAAAGCUAUUUAGACAAGGCAUUAAAUGAGCUGAAAAUAAUUGUUUAAAAAAUCAGGACAGUUUAUGUUUAUAAUAGUGUUUGUCAUAUGCAAUUGAAUGUAUGUAAUACUCAAGUACCGUGACUUUUUUAUCACAGGAAAGCCAUAUAUUAAUCCUAAUAGUCAUUAAAGAGUGGCAUUGUAAAUUAAAGACUUUUUUAAUAAGACUCUUGCAAAUGAUCUCAUUGUUUUGUUUUAAAAUAACAUUUUAUGCUCUUUAAUUCCUGUAGUCUAUCAAUGUAAUAUUCCUAUUUUAUUAUUACGUUACUGAAUAAACAAAACUUGCUACAUAAAAUCA